AUGGCUGCCCACAACCCUCUCUCGGCCAAGAUAGUCGCAGAGACCGACGGCUUCGAUGCAAUUUGGGCCAGCGGGUUCGAACUGUCCGCGUCAUACGCCGUUCCCGACGCGAGCAUCGUUUCGCCGAGCAUCCACCUCGAGACCACCAGGGCGAUGGGUGAGGUGCAAGACCUCCCUACCAUCGCCGACCUAGACACAGGUUUUGGAAAUGCCAUUAAUCUUGCGUACGCGAUCCCACGAUACCAGGCCGCCGGGGUUGCUGCCGUCGUGAUCGAAGACAAAACAUUCCCCAAGGACAGUAGUCUUCGGAUAGAUGGUCGACAAUCGUUAGUUUCCAUCUAUGAGUUUCGAGGCAAAAUCGCCGCCGCGAAAGACUUGGGGUCCAUGCUGGUCAUUGCGCGCACCGAGGCGCUGAUUGCCGGGUUGGGCCAAGAGGAAGCAUUGAAGCGGGCCCUUGCGUAUGCGGACGCCGGAGCAGAUGCGAUUCUGAUUCACAGCAAGCAAAAGGCACCGGACGAGAUGAUCUCGUUCUGUCGCGCAUGGCCACGAAACGGAGUGCCCUUGGUAGUGGUGCCGACCAGUUAUCCACAGCUCUCAUUCGAAGAGAUUUCGAGGCUGACCGACGGUAAAGUGCGUCUGAUCAUCUGUGGCAAUCACAGCAUUCGAGCCACGGUCGCGGCCAUGCGACACACUUUCCGGCAAAUUGUACAGGAUAAUGGGAUUGCUGGCGUGGAGGGCCAGAUUGCGCCCGUAUCGGAUGUUUUUGCUCUGCAGGGCGACGCAGUGAUGCGAAAGAUGGAGAAAAAGUAUCUGCCAGAGCCGAGUGCUCCGUAA